UUCAAAUAUAUUGGAACCUUCCGCUAUGCCAAUAUAACACCUGUCACUGCCAUGGACACAAACAAACAGGCUUGACAUCUCUUGCAACGAGUGUUGCUUGCAAGACGAAAAUGAACUCCGUUUACAUCUUGCUGCUCGCGGCCUUUUCAGGUUUUUCCUCCGCCAAAACCGAAAUCAAAAAACGCAACUGGCGAGAGACUGGCGUUUUCGUGGUCGAAGUGAAAAAGACGUUUCUCAAGAAUGACACUCUAGUAAAAAAUCUGUUGGGGGAGCUCAACUUUGCACUGACGUCGACCCAAGAUCUAUCAGGCGAUGCUACAGGGCGCAAAAAGUCGAAAUUCGACAAGCUAUCAGGGCGGGAAUUGACCAGCUAUCCGCAACUACAAUUGGUUUACAGCUUCCUUAGAGAGUCGGAGCAGAAAGUGAGGGAGACUCUGGACGAAGCAUGGGAGAGCAUCAGGAAGGAGAACCCUGCUGGGGCCGAAAGGAUCGAGCGAAAACUGACAUGUGACAAGAAUAGUUGCCGGGUUACCAUCGAUGCUUUCAUUACGUACGGCAUUUAUGCCACCCAGAAGCCUUCACGGCCCUCCACCAAAACCGCAGCCUCGAACACGAAUCCCCCAACUAGCAAGUCAACUUCAACCAAGGUAGCAAAACACGAAGACGUCAGGGAGGCAGAAUUGAGAGGCAUCAGGAUGUUCUUUGAGUUAUCCUACAAAAAGGAAAUCCAAUACUUCUUUGUCAAGUCCAACCAGACUUCUUCAAUAGUAUGGCAAUGCAGCGCCGAGAUGGACAACAGGAUCAAGAAGCCAUUGCCUAAAGACGACCGCAUGCUUUCAAUAGGGAUUCAAAUCGCAGAGAAGAAAAAUCAGCCAACUACGAUGGCACUGUCAGUGGCAAGAAAAACAUGCAAGAACGACCAUUCUGAGCCAGAUCCGGACAAGGCCAAAAAGUGUACCAUGGUAAUCUACGGCUUUCCGCAUGACAUCACGGUAGAGCGUACCCCGAGUGGGACAUACCUAUCAGUGGUGAUGGAAAACACCACCCGCUCAUCAAACCCCCUUUACACGCCCUCGUCAAACCGACCGGAACCUGGCCCACGACCUAGCGGCGGCCCGGUCAAGAAGUACCUGAUUUUCCUGCCCAUGGACAUGCUGGACAACCCCAUGCCCCACAAAGCGGUCGUGGUGACAGAACAAGUGAACGCAACCAUGGCAACAUGCGUCUGCGCACAGGAGUUUCACGCUCAAAAGAAAAAAGCAACCCCUCAAAUCAGGACCUCAACGCCUACUAGCAAAAUCCCUACGAAACAGCGUACAACCCCAAUAUCGAAAGGGCUCCCGACUGGACAGAUAAUGAAGCCGGCGCUGGAUGCUUCUUUGGUCAAGCGUGCGAAAGAGGAGGCAAAAAAACUCACCCGCAAACCAGUGUACAUCAACAUUAUCCAGAACCUUAUCCUCCUGGUGAAACAACGAGCUAUCAAGGGGGCCAAAAACAACAACUAUCUUAUGGAAAACGAGAAAAAGCCAGGGGAGGCAAACGGUAAAGAAGUCAAGAUGGCAACGAUAAACCAAGCUAGUUCACCUGAAGGUAUAGUUCUGUUCAAGCCGUCAAAAGCAGCACAACAACCAGAUGCUACACAGGUCGCGAUGCAGGCGAAAAAUGUGGCGAAGAAUGUGCUUCGGCAGACCCUGUAUCUAGACGAAGACAACAAACUCAUCUUCAAGCCAAAGAAAAGGCCAAUCAAGCAGUACAAUCGUUGAAACGUUUAGAGACUUCAAAAGGCACUGUCCUGCAACAGGCUGGUGGACAGUAGUUUGUUAGUCAGCGUAAGUGAGAUACGUGUGGGGGAGCACUAAUUGAGCGUGCACUGACAGCGUGAGCUCGUUCUAAAGUUUUGCAAAGUUUUUUAUUUUAAACUUUUGUAGAUCAUAGAAUUUGUAGAAUUAGAAUUGUACCUGUAGCAUGUGCUAUCAGGCUUACCCUUCAGUACUUUCGGAUUCCACGAUGAAGAAUCUUUGUAGGUUUCGAUUAUUUUAAAUAAUUUCAGGGUAAUCAAAUAGUUCACACAUUGCUGUCGAGAUACCGUAUCAUCGUCCUGGAAUUUCCUAGGGGGGCAGCGGCUCUAGCCUCGCCUAACAUUCGAGACUGGCCUCGCCUAACAUGCGAGACUGGCCUCGCCUAACAUGCGAGACUGGCCUCGCCUAACAUGGCCUCGCCUAACAUGCGAGACUGGCCUCGCCUAACAUUCGAGACUGGCCUCGCCUAACAUUCGAGACUGGCCUCGCCUAACAUGGCCUCGCCUAACAUGCGAGACUUACCCGAGACACCCGCUAUUUGGUUACAGUAUACCAUUUUUUCUGUUUUCUCCUCUUUCAAUAGUUAACAGUCUGCAGUCUGUGUUUUCUUUAGCAGGGUAAAUAUUCAUAUCAACCACCAGCAUCAACAAUACGUCGCCCACUUGUUAUUAUUCGUGGUCUAAUACGCACUCCUUAUUCAUAUUUUGCACACCUUGGCAUACAGUGUUUAAGUGAAUACAGUGAAUAACGCCCUUGGCUGUGGUGGAUGCGGCUACGCGAUAGCGAGGCUGUUUAAUAUUGAAACAGUGAAUAACGCCCUUGGCUCUGGUGGAUGCGGCUACGCGAUAGCGAGGCUGUUUAAUAUUGAAACAGUGAAUAACGCCCUUGGCUGUGGUGGAUGCGGCUACGCGAUAGCGAGGCUGUUUAAUAUUGAAACAGUGAAUAACGCCCUUGGCUGUGGUGGAUGCGGCUACGCGAUAGAGAGGCUGUUUAAUAUUGAAACAGUGAAUAACGCCCUUGGCUCUGGUGGAUGCGGCUACGCGAUAGCGAGGCUACUUGAUAGAGAGGCUGUUUGAUAGAGAGGCUACUUGAUAGCGAGGCUGUUUAAUAGAGGCAAUGCCAUCAGUUUACAUCCGGGCAAUUACGUAAUAAUCUCCGGUGAUUUUUAACAGGAACAUAUUUUAACAAAGUCAAAGCAAUUUUUCUAUAAAAAAAAGUAUGUGGCUGAUAAUUUAGAGCUGAUGGCUGUUAAAUAGCGCGGAUUCUUUCUACUUGGGGUUUCCGCCAAAGUCAACUGGUGCGGUUGCUCACCCUCAAAUUCGUAAAACAGAGGCAAAACGACUGCAUUUAAAUCGCUGUAUUUCCGUUAUGAUCCUGUAUUUAUACAAAUAAAAUACAUUUUGUGUUGCAAAACACAUCCAAA